AUGGUGCAGGAUUGGGAAAGUGAAGAGAAGACAGAGAUGGACAAUGAAAUGUCAGAAAUGAAAACAUCACAACAACUCGAACAAUUAGAUGAUGAGGACAAUGUUGAAAACAACAAUGAACGACUCCCUAAACUACGAUCGUAUGUUCAUCGGGAUAGAUCUAGUUCGCGUCAAAGUACUGGUCAUAUGAAUACUUAUAUUCGUUCAAACAAUCGUCGUGAUAGUGGUAGACGAUCGUAUCAACGAUUUCGUUUUCCUGUUGCUCGAUAUAGUCGUCGUGACAUGCGUAUACUAUAUUAUUGUUUUCCCUGA